AACCCAGCUUCAGAUUUACAACUAUUCUUACUUUCACCAGUCACUAAAACCACCAGAAGGCCAUAAUGCACCACCAAACCACCGCCGCCGGAGAUCCCACCACCACCAACUUUCCAUACCAACUGAUCAAAUCCGAAACAAUCCCAUCCGCUCCAACCCGACCCGAAUCCGGAAUCGACUGGUUACCAGACUAUCUGGGUCACACAUGGGUUGCAUAUGCAGCAUCAUCCCUUUUAGUGAUCUCCCACUUUCCAUCUCCAUCGGAAAACAAAAAAGAUCCGUUUUUUCGACAAGUUAUCGAGGUUUCGGGUGAUGGGUCGGGUCAUAUUUCGUCGGUUUCUUGGUGUCCAGCUUCUAGUGGUGAAGUUGCUGCCUCAUUGCAUAAUUGUAUUGGAAUUUUUGCGCAUAAUAAUAUUUCUAAUCAUAUUUCACAACAAGGUUCUUUUUGUUGGGGCCAGACUGCGAUACUUGUGCAAGCCACAAACGUGGAGGCCAUCAAAUGGACAGGUUCAGGAGAUGGUCUAAUCUCAGUUGGAAUUGAUGUUGUCUUGUGGAAAAAGGACUCGUCUUGGGAAAUAGCUUGGAAAUUUAAACCUGAGUUCCCCCAAUCCUUGGUUUCCACUACCUCCUCCAUUGAAGGCCUGUUUGCAACUGCACCCCAAAAUAAAUUGAUAAAUGAAGAUUCAACAUCUGUGUUGAUUUGUCAUGGAAAAUCAAAAUGCAUCAAAGCUGAGCUCCAUCAUCGUGUUCCUGUUUCCAUGAUUCAGUGGAGGCCUUUGGUAGCAAACCAAUGGAAGGAAAAGCCCAAACAUCCAUUAAAGCUGAUAUUAUUAACAAGCUGUGCUGAUGGGACUGUAAGGUUGUGGAGUGAGAUCGAUGAUGGACGGGCCAAGAAGAACGUGAAGAUCCAUAAUGAUCAGAGACCAACCGGGUCAUCUUUUAGGGUUGCUGCAACAAUUGAGAUAAAUCAAGCAGUAAAUGGUAUUCUGGGUUUCGAUGUGUUUGUAAGAUGGGCCACUGAGCUUGAUGGUAUUGUUAAUAUGGGUAAAGAAGGUAGUCAAUAUUUUCCUUCCGAAGACUAUCACCUUGGCAAAGCUGGUAAGUGUGAUUGGUUAAUAUGUUUUGGGCCUAAAAUGCUGGUAACCUUCUGGGCCGUUCACUGUAUCGAUGACAUUUAUCCAUUGAGAUUCCCACGAGUUACCUUGUGGAAAAAACGAGAGAUAUUGGGUUCUAAAGUAGGAACAAGCUUUCCACUAAACAAAUCUGUUAUAUCAAGGAAUGGGUUCUUUGGCCCACCAGAUGUAUCCUCUAUAGUUUACUUAUCACCUUGUAACCAUCUGGUGUGGUCACAAUUUCAUAAAGGCAUAUCAUCAGAUGAUUCCUUAUCGUCUGUUACAAAUGGAACCCUAAACAUAGAAGGUCACACUGGAAAGAUUUUACAAAUUGCAUUACAUCCGUACGGGUGUUAUCCUGAACUAGCAGCUUCUUUAGAUACCAAUGGACUGAUCUUAUUUUGGUCACUUUCCAACAGUGCCAUGGGUUUAUCACCAUUAAACUCCGGCUGCAAACUGUAUGGCCAUUUUGUAGAUCAAGAUUCUCAGUGCAAAUACACCAGUUUGAGGUGGGCUCCUGCAAUAAUAGAUGACCAUAGGGUUCUACUCAUGGGGCAUGCUGGAGGCAUAAAUUGUUUUCUAGUUGGUCAAAAUGAAGAUGUUAUAUCAUGUCAUAAAUUGUGUGCUAUCCCUUUCAUCGGUAAUUCUGAUGAAGAUGCGCCGCCAAGUAUAUGGUCGAUUCCUUUGACUUCUACAUCUAACACCUUCCUAAAUAACAAGUUUAUGGUCUUAGCUAUAUGGAAGUGCCGUCUUCGGGCACUAUCCUGGACUAUCACAAUUAAUCCUUUAGAAGUUGACUUUAACAAAAAUGCAGAAUUUGGUGCAUAUUCUUUUGAAAGUGAUUUUUCUGGGAAUAGAUACUUUACAGUUGUUGAUUGUGGCUCAUCUAAGUUUCCACCCCCGUAUGAGAAUGAUAAUGUUACAAGCUUUGCUGUUCCAUCUCUGCAUAACUUCUAUACAGCUAAAACAGAAGAGCAAGUAUUCAACAAUUAUGCUGCAUAUCACAUGGUUACUGGCUGUUAUGAUGGUAGUUUUAAACUAUGGAGAUGUGUGGCUGCUAAAUCCCUGAAUUUGGAUCAGGAGUGGGAACUAGUGGGUGUAGUUGUUGCUCAGGAGGGCCCCAUCAUAGGAGUAAGUCCAACUGAUUGUGGUCGAAAGAUUGUAACCGUGUCGACCACUGAUGAGUCAAAUGACCAUAGUACCCUCCACAUAUGGGAAUCCGUGUACAUAGGAGAAACUGGGAGUUUUUUACUAGAAGACACUAUACAGAUUCACGGGCGGGUUGUUGCUUUAAAUUGGUUAACAAUAGGUAAUGGUCAGCUACUGCUUGGAGUUUGCUUGCAAAAUGAAUUGCAGGUGUACUCUAUGAGACGCUAUGGGGGUCAGAUUAUAGUUGAAUCAGAAAAAACCGAGAAUAGAAACAUGUGGAUUUGUCUCGCAAAAACUCGUACUCUCCCUGCUAUUCGAGAUUUUAACUGGGGACCUAAAGCAACAGGUGUAAUUGUUCAUGAUAACUAUUUUUGUCUAACCACCCAGUGGUUACUCCCAAGCAACGAAAAGGACAUAUCCAAAUGUAUGCUUCCUGAAAUAUUUAGUGAUUCCGAUACUCAUGAUUUUGAAACAUUGAUAAAUAGAAAUGAACCAUGCCUGACCAGAUAUCCUAUAAAAAUGAACACCGAGAACUGUAUGUCCUAUAAUAUGAGUACAUUGAUUGGUUCUAAGAGAAUCUUGGAAAUAGCAGCACGUGUUGGUGGAUCUCUGCCCUCCUACCUUCCCGAAGCUCUUUUGGUCCAUAUUUAUUCAGGGAAUUGGAAACGUGCACAAAGUGUUCUAAGGCAUCUUGUUGAGCAUCUUACUUCUGAUAAUGUUGCUUCGAAGAGAAAUCCGACUGUUAAUUCUAGCCACAGAAUACCACAAAUCAGCCUCUCAGAAUACGUUGAAGGACUUCCCACUACUAAUAUUAACAAUAAAGCAUUCGCAUGGAGUGGCAAUGCGGAUUUAGGCACAUCUUCGAGCUUUCAGUUUGAUCAACUCGAUUACUCUGCUUGGGGUUCUAAUGGUUCCAGCAAUACAUUCAACUCUAAUUCUACAAAAUCUGGACUGAGUGGACUUAUUGAUUCUCUUGAGAAGUUACAGGACAUUUCAGCUAUCACCAACAUUGAAAAGGUGCAGAUUCUUGCUGUUAAUGAUCUACUUGAUGAAAUUAGUAAUUCAAAUCUGUCUUCACCAUAUAGUGGCCUUGAUGAACCUGGUCGCAGGUUUUGGGUUUCAGUAAGGUUUCAGCAGUUGUAUUCUGUCCGUAGACUUGGGAGAUUGCCAUCAGCGGGGGAGUUGGUCCUUGACUCAACCCUUAUUGCUUGGGCAUUCCACUCUGAUUGUCAAGAAAGUUUGUUUGAAUCUCUUUUGAAUACUGAAUCAUCUUGGCUUGAAAUGCGCAACAUGGGUGUUGGAUUUUGGUACACGAAUAAAUCCCAGUUGCGAGCAAAGAUGGAGAGACUGGCAAAACAGCAAUAUCUGAAAAAUAGAGAUCCAAAGGCAUGUGCACUUCUAUACAUAGCUUUAAACAGGGUGCAAGUUUUGGCAGGCCUUUUUAAAAUCAGCAAAGACGAAAAAGACAAGCCAUUGGUCGCAUUUCUUUCACGCAAUUUUCAGGAUGAGAAAAAUAAAGCUGCUGCAUUAAAAAAUGCGUAUGUGUUAAUGGGCAGACAUCAACUGGAGCUUGCUGUAGCUUUCUUCUUGCUUGGAGGUGAUACAUCUUCUGCUAUCAAUGUCUGCACAAAAACUCUUGGAGAUGAACAGCUUGCUCUUGUAAUUUGUCGUCUUCUUGAAGGGUAUGGUGGGCCAUCAGAACACCAUAUAACAUCGAAGUUCCUGCUACCAUCCGCUUAUGAAAAUGGCGACUACUGGAAAGCAAGCUUUCUGGAGUGGUUAUUAGGUAAUUACUCUAAAUCUUUCCUGAGCAUUCUUGGCGAGCAAGUUAACUCUCCAAGCAAUACCUUCGCUAUCUUGUCCAACCAUGUAGCUUUUAUAGAUCCAAGUGUUGGCCAAUAUUGCUUAAUGUUGGCAACUAAAAACGAGAUGAAGAAUGCUAUUGGUGAAUAUAAUACCACGAUUCUUGGUAGAUGGGCAAUUUUGAUGACCUCAACUGCAUUAAGCAGAUGUGGUUUACCCGUUGAAGCUUUGGAAUGUAUGUCAUCUUCUCUCAGCAUGUUCAGUGUUUCUGAACCAACAAGUACGUCAGAUAGUUUGGAACCGAACAUUCUGAAUGAGAAGCUGAAGCCAUCUUUAUCUUCCUCAAAUUGGGUAUCUGGUGAUGUGGCGUUGUGUAUGCUGUCACUUGUAAAAUACAGUUUUGCAUUGCAAUACAUGACAAAUCUGUUAACAGAACAUCCGAGUUGGCCGGAAAGCAUUACACGAUCAUCUGAAAAUCAUCAGUUUGAUAUGCUGCUUUCAGCUUUUGAAAAGAAAUUUAAUGCAGGAAUUGCAUAUUUUGAGCAGAAGUAUUCCUUGAUUCGCUACCAUCUAAUUAAUAUGAUUAUUGUUUCCUUGUAUAAUCAGGGCCUCAUGUUCAUUGGUUCCCAUAUAUUACAAAAUGAGUGUAUAUCAUUAAAUGGAAAUCCAUCCUACCGUUCACUACCCAUGCUCAUCAUGAAGGCUAUCGAAGAUUUUUCCUAUCUAUAUUCGAGGUAUAACUUGGUUUGUAGGAUGAAUUGCCAUGACACAAAACCACAAUUUGAGGCUAGUGUGAGGGUUGGUGAUACUGGUUGCUGGUUAAGCUCAUACAGAAUUUAUAUGAAGGAUUUGUUGCUGUUGGUUUCAAAGAUAAGAUCUGGACUGAAAUUGCUCUAUGGUUGUUACGCUGAAAAUCUUUUACAGACACCUAUGUUUAUUCUGGAUUUAUGUGAAUACUACAUAUAUUUUGCAUCUGCUUGGUUUCAAAAAGAUUUCAAGAGUCUUUUUCUUGUUUUGAAGCCUGUUUUGCUAACAUUUUCUAGUGAAUCUGUAUCAUUGGAGGCUAACAUGAAAUCUAUGAACAAUAUCCUUCCGGAACUAUCAGAGUGUCUAGAUCAUAAUGAUAUGAUCAGUAACACCACUAGCUCAACAAUUCAUGACCAGAUUGGACAUGCCAUUCCUAAGACUGAUAAAUGGUAUAUUAUACGGGCUUCUUUAUGGGGACUCAUGUCAGGCUUUCUGAAGCAUCAAUGUGAUUUAUUGGCCGAAAAUGUUAAAGAUGAUUUUUCUGUUUCUUCUCCAUGCAAUCUUUCUACCUACCUAUCCAGCUUUACAUUAUCUGAUCAUGAUAAUGACAACACAAAAACACAAUUACAGAUAGUGUCAGCGGUCUUGGUUAAGUUGCUGAAAGUGGAAUCAGAGCAUGCGUCAUCUUAUUGUGCAAAGCAGCUUGCAUCAUUUUUGUUGCAAAAAGUGAAGGACCAGUCAAAUGAAUCUACAAUUUUGUGGUUAGAAGAUCUGUGUAGGUCUACACCAAUAACCAAUUAUCAAGGCCUUGCUCAAGGUGUCGACAUUGAUCUUUCUACAAUAACGAAUAAUGUAGAAGGGUCAUCACCUUUUGAAGUACUGUGGAUUAUGUUUGAUAAUCAAAAAAUGCUAUGUGGAGAUUUUGCAGUGGAAUAUUCCAAGUGGUCACAGCUUAUUAAGCAGAAACAUUCUAGAGGAUGGUGUGAUGCAUAUACAAGCAUUACUGGGGAACAUGAAGCUUCUGAAAAUGACAGUCAAGAAGUUGGAUCACCCAUUGACCCCUUAAGUAGUAAAGACUCGGCUAUGAAGAUGAAACACACUCCUUUUCAGAAACCUAAAGAAGUACAUAGAAUAAAUGGAGAACUACUCGAGGCAUUGUGCAUCAACUCAAUUGAUCAACAGCAAGCUGCAAUUGCUAGCAAUAAAAAGGGAAUAAUUUUCUUUGAUUGGGAAAAUGGGCGAACUUCCUUUGACAAGUCAAACUAUAUCUGGACAGAUGUUGAUUGGCCGACUGAUGGGUGGGCUGGAGCUGAAUCUACACCCAUUCCUACAUGUGUUUCUCCUGGCAUUGGUCUUGGAAGUAGGAAGGGGACCCACCUUGGUUUGGGUGGGGCGACCAUCGGUGUUGGUUUAGCAAGACCAGUAAGCACUUCUAGUCUUGGUUGGGAGAUUCAAGAAGAUUUUGAGGAGUUAAUUGAUCCACCUGCAACUGUAGAUAAUAUUAGGACACGUGCAUUUUCAAGCCACCCUUCUAGACCUUUCUUUUUGGUUGGUUCAAGUAAUACACAUGUAUAUUUAUGGGAGUUUGGUAAAAGUACAGCUACAGCUACAUACGGGGUCCUUCCUGCUGCAAAUGUCCCUCCACCAUAUGCUCUUGCAUCAAUAUCAGCUGUGCAGUUUGAUCAUUGUGGGCAACGAUUUGCUACUGCUGCAUCGGAUGGAACGGUUUGCACAUGGCAGCUCGAAGUUGGUGGAAGGAGCAAUGUUCGUCCAACCGAAUCAUCUCUCUGCUUUAACAACUACACAUCGGAUGUGACAUACGUUACUUCAAGUGGAUCAAUUGUUGCAGCAUCAGGUUAUAGUUCCAACAAUGUUAAUGUAGUUAUAUGGGAUACACUUGCCCCACUUACUACGUCUCGAGCUUCAAUAAUGUGUCAUGAAGGUGGUGCACGCUCAAUUUGUGUUUUUGCUAAUGACAUAGGAAGUGGUUCUAUUUCUCCUCUAAUUGUGACUGGUGGAAAGGGUGGCGAUGUUGGAGUUCAUGAUUUUCGUUACAUAGCUACUGGAAGACCAAAAAAACAUAAGAAUUCAGAUAACAAUGAACAAAAGUUUAAUGCAUCUUCAACGGCAGGCUUGCAAAAUAAACACGGGGACCAGAAUCGAAAUGGGAUGCUUUGGUACAUACCAAAGGCUCAUGCAGGGAGUGUUACCAAGAUAUCAGCUAUCCCAAAUACCAGUUAUUUCUUAACCGGAAGCAAAGAUGGAGACGUUAAGCUUUGGGAUGCUAAGAGGGCCGAGUUAGUAUAUCAUUGGCCAAAAUUGCAUGAUAGACACACCUUCAUUCAACCUAGUUCACGAGGAUUUGGAGGCGUUGUUAGGUUUGAAACGCUGCAGGCUGCUGUGACCGAUAUUCAAGUUGUUUCUGAUGGUUUUCUUUCAUGUGGGGGAGAUGGUUCUGUUAAGCUGGUUCAACUUAGAGAUUUUCUAUAGAUCAUCCCAUGGCCCGUCCCAUGUUCAUCAUAGAACAUCACCAUGGCUCUAUAUGGGCAUGUUUCUAUUUUUUGACGAGCUCCUUUGGGAGUUAUGUGUAGAUUGUAUGUAUAUAUAACUAUAUAAGGUAAAUCAUCCACAUCACCGUCUAAUCGUCUGUCAUAAUUUUUGUACUGGUCCCUGAUAGUUAUAGUCACCGUUGUGGGAUUUUAUUUAGAGUGUAAGAACAAAUUCUUAGUCACUAAAUCAGAAGUACAGUUCUCAUUAUCAA